UGCCCGUAGUACGACGCUGGCGCUGCGUGCGUGCAGUCUAACGGUAAACAGUGCGGAGCGUGAUUGGGGAGCAAGAACUAAAGAGAGCGCGUGUCGGUUCGUGUAGUGUAUAUAAGUGUGUGCGCGUGUGUGUGUGUGUGUUUGUUAACGGGGGGGCAUGCAAUAGCCGAUAACUGAGUGAAAAGUAAAGCCAAAAAACAGGAAAAAAAAAGUCAGAAGUAGAAUUGAAAAUUGCUUUUUUUCUUUCUUUUUUUUCAAUCGUGUGUUUAGUGUGGAAAUCGUUAGAAAAUUAAUCAAGUAAAAACAAUAGCGGCAAGCAAUACACACACACACAACUAGAAAGCGUAGACGGGACCUUUUUUUUUUUUGGGCUCGCGAUGAUGGAACAAAGUUUGGAAAAACAGACAACAACGAGGCCAACCACAGAAAUGGCCAACCGGAAUAGAAACAUUCCAAAUACCGCCUCCGCUACCGCCACCGCCACCGCAACCGCCACAGCAACCGCAUCCACCUCCUCCUCCUCGUCGUCGUCCAUGUCCUCGGCCACCUGUUCGGCGACCAUUGUCCAGGCUAAGCAGCGACCGCCACCCCUGAAAACGGCCACCACGACGGUCACCACCACUCUGGUGUCCAGCAGCGAAGGGGGUCAGCCCCUGCCGUCCAGUGCCCAUCCUGGAGGUGGAGGGGGCGGACCAGGUGGUACAUACCGGGGCGCAGCCACCCUGACCACGCCCUCAACGCCCAGGAUCGAGCUAAGCCGGGCGUCCAGUUCGUCGCAUCACGAGGAGGACAGUCGGGAGAGUAGUCCCGAGAAUGUGUUCGAGCAGGUCGGCACUGGCACCCUACAGGAAACAAUCGGUCUCGGCUUUCGGGAGGAGGGCGCCCUCGAGCUGCGCAGCUCCACGGAGGAGUUGUACUUCAUGGAUCCCGAACAGAAGAAGGAGGAGCAGGAACGCAUCCAGCAACAGCAGCAGCAGGCCAAACGCUCCUCGCCGCACAUCUUCAAGUUCGACGACCACCAGAGCUACCUGCAACAGCACCAGCGCAAGGACUCGGCCAGCUCGGAGGUGGCCGCCCUUCUGUGCAUCUCGGGCCGCACCAGUCGGAUUUCCAGCGUUGGCAGUCAGGGAUCGGCAGUGAGUCGCUUGUCGGCCGUCUCAGGGGUCUCCCGCUCCCCCUCGCCACAUCGCAUGCUCCUCGAGACCUCCUUCUGUGGCCCCAAGCCCGUGGAACUGGCCGGUGGGGCCGGAGGGGCAGGAGCCAGUGGGGCAAGCAGCGCCUCCACGGCGGCCUCUUCAGCCCACGGUCCGGGAGACUGUGUCCCCGGAGCGGGCACUGUGGCGGCCAAUGCGGCGUUGCUGGAACAGCUGCUCCUGGCGCGGAAACACGAUCCCACACAGGCGGUCCUGGCCGAGGGCAUUAAGGUCCUGCCACCCGCCCAGCUGCACAGCUCCGCUCCGAGCUCCUCGACGUCGCGGCGCAGCCGGCAAGCCAACUCGCUGGCCAACGGGGAGAGGGAGUCCAAGUCGGCGGGCAAGACUACGAUUGGCGCCCAACGGAGGAGCACCAAGAGCCCCGGCCAGAUGGUCGUGGGCAAGACCGCCAGCGGCACGGAGUACAUCCGGAUCAACCUCCGGCCGGAUCACAUGUACAGCGACAAGGGCAUCGCCGCCAAUGAACGGGUCGUGGAGGCGCCCAAUCAACUGGCUCCGGUCUACUCCAAGCCGGCCUCCCUGAGCUUACAGCGGGAGGGUGGCGGAGCCGCCGCCACCGUCAUCGAGGAGAUGCACCUGACCCCGACGGCGAGUCCCAAGCCGGGCAGGCGCUUCACCAGCCGCUCGCCCUCGCCGGCCACUGGCCCCGGAGGCGGCGGCGGUUCCGUGUCCCGCAAGAGCUCCUUCAGCUCCCUGUUCCGGCUGGGCAAGGACUCUCCGGACUCGCCGCGCGAAACGGCACGUUCGCGAAGCAAAAGCAAAGACAGACCCUCGACCGCCUCGGGAGGACUGGGCGGUGGCAGUGGAGCACCAGGCGGUGGCUCCCAGAAUGUGACACCCAGCAAGCAGAAGUCCGUGCUGGCCAUCUUCAAGCCCGGAAAACGCGGCAGUCAGAGCAGCAAGAGCUCCUCGCCGGUGGAGGCCAGUGUGGAACCGGUGCCACCACCACCGCCACCAGUGCCGGGGUCUGCCGGGUCGGAGAACCGCAGCCGACCACCUUCUCGUCCGGGAUCCCGACUCCGUUACUACGAUGAGCCGGUGGAGGGCUACAUCCACAUACCGCUGCACACGCCGCCGGAGGAGCGAGAGGCCCGCACCCUGCUGCAGGGCAUCCAGCAGCUGGCCAGCGCCGCCCAGGCCUCUGUGGAUCCCUCGCCCCUGCCCGCCCACCGUGUCCUGCCCUCCUCCGCCGUGGCCACCGCCCCGCCGGGCACCCACAUCACGGCCAGCCAGUUGGCCGCCGCUGCCGCCGCCCUCCGGCCGGUGGCCCACAAGAAGGUGGCCCAGCGACCGGAUCUGGACGCCAUACAAUCGCUGCCCAGCCAGGACGAGCCGCCGAUGCCGCCAUCCAACGACCAGGGCGGCACUGGGGCCAGCUGGAGCCUGGAAGUGCAGCGCCAUAGCUCCCAGGACUCGCAGGAGACCACGGCCGAUUCCGUGGGCUCGGUGGUCAGUGCCCGGGCGGCGAAUCUCGCCCAGCAGCGCGAGCAGGCGGAGAUCCAGCGACUGCCAUCCGUGGAGUCGACGCAGAGCGCCUGCGAACCGAAGCUGGUCCACACGGUGGCCACCGUGAAUGCUCCCCACCCGGACGUGGAGACGGCGGCGGCCAAGGAACGUCGCCGCCUGCUGUUCGCUACGCGUCUGGGCUCUGGCAGCCAGGAGCAGAUCUUCUCCACCCAGUUCAGCAUCUCGAAGACCGAGAGCCAGUCCAGCCAGCUGUCCGAGCAGGUGGAGCAGCACUCGAGCACCUCGGAGGCCACGGUCGGCGGAGCAAUCGGUGCCGACGGCCUGCAGCGCCAGGGAACCGUCAUCCGGAGGAUUGAACCUUCCAUCCCACCACCACCGCCGCCCCGCGGCGUCUGCUCCUCCUCCGAGGACGAACCGGAUGCGGGGGCCAGGACGGCGGGCUUCCGCGAGAGCGUAGUGAUGCGCGCCAAGCACAAGCCACGUGGCGGGGACUCGGGGGAUGAAGCUCCCGCCCCAGCUCCGGUGGCAGACUUGCGGCACUCCCGGUAUCUGGAGAACUUCAACGUGCGGCUCAAGCUGCAGGACAACCUACCCGCGGAGCCGGAGGUGCCGGCGGGUCAGCCCACCACCGCCACGAUUCCCAGGAAGCCCAAGCGGCAGAGCAUCACGGAAUCAAGACGUGAAACAAGUCAGAGUUCUGGCGGAGCCACGCCUACCACGCCCAUCCCAGCUGCCACCCAGCCUCUGCCUCCAUCCACUUCCAAGGCCACUACCUCCACCACACCGACAACCACAACGGGUGCUGCCACGCCCCCAUCCUCAACGCCUUUUAGCGCCGAGCUACCGCCCACUUCCUACGCCAUGACCUCGGCGUUGUCCUCGCCGCCGGCGGAGCGCCGUCACUCCCAGUCGACGGACGACCACGAGCCGGUGGAGUCGUCGGAGAGCGAGCGGGACUCGGACAUGGCCGGCAGCUCCUCCGUGACGACGGCGGUGCCGGCGGGAGACGAGGCCGCCAAGCGGCACCAUCACCACUUCCCGCGCAACGUGUGCGUGAUCGAGGAGCACGAGAGCACCGGUCUGGUCUCGCAGGAAUCCUUCGACGACGAGCUGCCCUACAUCCCGACCACCCUGCCCGAGGAGCGGGCCCAGGGAGUGCCCCUCAUCCCGAUGAGGGAGCGCGCCAAUAUGGAACUGAAGACCUGCCCGGUGGACAGGCCACGGUCCACCACUCCCCUGAAUCCUUCGCACAUAGAGGAGUACUGCACAGGCAUCCCAGUGCCAGUGCCGCAGGAUAACGCUGGAUAUCUUUCCAGUGUAGAUCCCACUGCUGCCUCCGCUGGAGCUUCAGCAGGAGCUUCUGCAGGAGCAGGGGCAGGAGGAGCUGGAGGAGCACCCGUGCGAGGAGAGAAGCUCCGUAUCAGCCUGCCGCGCAAGGAGUCCGCCGGCAAGGAGCGCAUCCAGAGCUCCAAGUCACCCCGUCGAACCUCCAACGCCAGCGGCAAGUCGUGGUUCGAGUUCGCGGAGGAGGGUCUCCGGGCGAACAACAACCUGGAGCGCAAAGACUCCGCCAAGCAGCUGCUCCCGGUGGUGACGCCUCCGCCCCAGGCGGGCGCCACUCUGGAGGAGCCCAAGCCGAAGGCAUCCACCCAGCGGAAGCUCUCGGGGCACUGGAUUGAUUUCGAGAACAUCCCGGAGAAGCGAAAGCCCGCCAAACGGAUUACGGCCCUGCCCAAGGAAUCGCUGGCAGGGGCUGGUGCUGCCUCUGGGGGCGCCGCCGUGACCACCACCAGCUCCUCCUCGGCCUGCGGGAGCGGCCAUCGCAGCGGUUCGGGUCACCAUCACCACCACCACCAUCAGCAGCAAUCAAAACUAGGAGCGGAUGGAGGCGACAAGUUGCACUACAACUACGUGAAGCCGGAGGACUGCCAGUGCGAGUGCCAUGAGGCGGAGCGGGACGAAUCCUCGACAGCCGGUGCAGGAGACACCAGCACUGGUACUGGCACUGGAACGGGCAGCGAGUCCCUGCCAUCGGCGGAGCAUGGCGAGGACAUGUUGCCGCUCCUCGAUCCUGAAACUUCGGCAGAGGGCAGGAUAUAUGCGGAUGAGACCCACUCCCUGUUGGGUCAUAAUGUCAAAGGAGGUGCUGGUUCUAGGAACCAAAUGGGAGAGUUCAGUCGGCGGGACAAUGGAUCCAGUUCUCGUAAUCGCAAGUUUCCGGACAGAAAGUAAAGCGGUUCUGUUCUUAUGUAGAUCUUCUGGGUAGAGAGCUAUACUCACUAAACUAAACUAUAAGGCCCCAGGUCUAUAUCCUUAAUGUACCUCAAGCAGAGUGGUUGUUAAAAUGUGGAGAAGUGUUUCCUUUCGACUUCAAUAAUAACUGAAAUCUGAACCCAUAAUACAUAUUGAAAUACAAUACUCGGUACUACAUAGAGCUCAUGUAUAUGAUGAUGAUGAUGGAUAGGAUAAUGUUUUUUUUAUAAAAAUAUAUAUAAAAUAUAUAAAUGGUAAUCUAGCAAAAACCUAAAAAACUCACUCUACCAGAUACUAGAUACAUUAAUAGCAAUCCAUAUAGACAGAGGUCUUUUUUUCGCUAAUCAUUUCGCUGGCAAUUUUAAAAUAUAUAUAUAUAUAUAUAUUAUAUAUAUAUAUAUGUAUGUGAUCUCUCUAAUACGAUGUUGUAUGAUCGAAACUCGACGGACAUUAUCCGAUCGGAUGGGAUUGUAGCUUUAAGUCGGUGUUUUUGUGUGUAGUUUGUUAACUCGCUCAGACAAAUCCAGAACCCAUAGACUUACACUUUCAGAACGUGUGUUUUGGGGUUCCCCCGAUUUCCCCCAGACCCAUAAUACUAUUUACUAAUAUAUAAAUAUAUAUACCUAUAUAUUAUAUAUCUGAAUAACGAUCUACAAACGAGUUCUAUUCGUUUUUUUCUAUUCGGCUGGUGAUGGUUGCUCAUACACCCACACAAAAUAUUUAUAUAUAAAGAUUUACAUCUAAAAUCUAGAUUCUAGAAUUCUAAAAAGGACGAAGGACGAAGGACGAGUGUUGUAUUCGUUUUAGGUUCGAUCAUGCCCACACAUAAAGUAGCCUUUAGUUGGACGUUUUUAGGAAACGUAUUAGUUAGUUUGUUGUAAAUAUUAAGUCGAAACUAGAUGACAGUAUUUGGAUACAAAAGGAUAAUGGCAUUUUUUUUUUUUAUUGCAGAUCUAUAAAGUUAAAUAUUUAUAUGUAUGUUUAGAAAUGAAAACACAACUGCCAGCACACACAAAAAGAAAAUGCCAUUCGAGAUAGGCGGCAAUUGCGAAUUUCAAAGAUUCUUUUUUUUGUUUUCGAAAACAUUUCCAAAAAUUCUUUUUUGGGGGCCACUAACCGGUUGAGUAAGUCGGUUACCCCUCGGUUCAUGCGCCAAAGAUAUCACGAAUUAAUUCCUUCAAUUAUCUGAUCCCAAGAAAAACGAAACCUAAAUCAAACUAUAAAUUUAAUAAAAAACAAAAAAAAACAUAAACACCUAGCUAGUCUUUGAAAUUCCUAAAAAUCUAUUGAACUUAGCGGACAACGGACGUUCAUCUAAAUGAAGAAAAACAUAAUAAACUAAAGUUAAAAUUAAUAUAAAAAUCCAAAUUUAAGAAAAACUUAUAGGUAAAUUAUACAAAAAAACAAAAAACAUAAUUAGCAUGAAAGGAUCAUAAAAUGGGAGCUUUUUGCAGAGAACUGAACGAGUUUAACGAAGAAAUUUAAGAACUCUGAACAAAAAAUCGAAUCACUUAUGGAAGAACUAAGUACAGAGUUCGAUUCGGAUUAUAUAAUUUUAGUUAUUUUUAUUUUUUUCCUGCUGAAAGUGGUGAAGAUGCACAAAAUGCACCAUAUAUGUUUUAUAUAAUAGAUGAAUCCAUAAAUGAUCUUAAACAAAUUGUACAAUAAUUUCAACAAUAUAUAUAUUAUAAUAUAUACAUAUAUAUUCGCACAUACAUUUAUAUAGAUGGAUUUACAUACAUACAUAUAUGUAUAUGCAUUUAAACAUAAGUUUCAUUCCAGCUUCCGAAUCUUGUUUUGAUGAAUACAUUUUUUCUUACUUUUUUUAAUAAAAUUUUUUUUUUUAUAUAUAUAACUUAGAAGAAAAACAAAAGACGAAAAGUUGUUGUUAAAAAAAAUGCAUUUAAAUGAAAAACAAGACGAAGGAAAGUGAACGUUUAAUUAAGAAGAAUUAUAAAAUAAUUGUUGUUAUCAAAAUUAAUGCAUUCAUAUGAAAAAAAACCGAAAAAAAACCAGAUGGGCAAAGCAAAUGGAAAUAAAUUAAUAAAUAUAUAUGCACUCUCAUCAUUUAACGAUUUCAAAUAAACGAAGACGAUGCUUUUUGAUGUAAAAGGCAUACAGAACGUUAAUUGAAAACUAUUCAUUAAAGUGACAAGUAAAAAAAAAA